CUUGUGUUUUGCAGUGACCCUCGCUGUCCUUGCGCCAUCAAGCCAGACCAUCCUUCCCCUUGGCUGAAGAUCCCGUUGGAUCUCUUCCCAUAAUGGAAGCGUGAGUGCCAAGCUCCUCCAUGACCUCCAGAAGCCACAACUCCUUACCGAGAACUCUGAUGGCUCCACGAAUGCUUUCUGAAGGUGCCCUGGGGGGCAUUGCCCAAAUCACCCCCUCGCUGUACCUGAGCCGGGGCAGCGUCGCUUCCAACCGGCACCUGCUCCUCUCGCGGGGAAUCACCUGCAUCAUCAAUGCCACCAUCGAGAUCCCCAACUUCAACUGGCCCCAGUUUGAAUACGUGAAAGUGCCUUUGGCUGACAUGCCCAACGCUCCCAUCUCCCUCUACUUCGACAGCGUCGCCGACAAGAUCAACAGCGUGGCGCGGAAGCACGGGGCCACCUUAGUCCAUUGCGCCGCCGGCGUGAGCAGGUCGGCCACCCUCUGCAUCGCCUACCUGAUGAAGUACCACAAGGUGUCCCUCUUCGAGGCCUACAACUGGGUCAAGUCCAGGCGCCCCGUUAUACGCCCCAACGUGGGCUUCUGGAGGCAACUGAUAGACUACGAGAGGAAGCUCUUUGGGAAGACGACGGUUAAAAUGGUACAGACACCCUAUGGCAUCAUCCCAGACGUUUAUGAGAGAGAGAGGAGACCCCUGAUGCCUUACUGGGGGAUUUAAUGGGACUGCAGACGGGGAGCACAACAGAAGGGACGCGCUGUUCUGAGUCAACCAGACUGGGACAUUCCCUUCUCCUUCUACAGCCAACUGGGGUUCUUUACCAUACAGCAGAACCUCAGCUAAUUCUCACCUCACUAACCUGCAAGGCCAACGAUCCCCUCCAAAGCAUUUCUCUCUACAGGGAUUCCCCCCGCCCGCAUUUCUCUGAUUUAGAAUGAGGUCUCCUUAUAAGUUUACCCCUUCCAUAAAGCCUCCCCCUGUUUUUAGUCAGUUUAUGAGUAUCCUAGGAGGAAAGGCCAGCAAGGCUUUGGCAGAGCUGAUGAACAAAGCGCGCUCUGGGAUGCGGUAGCCUGGGUAUUUUGUUUAUAGCUUAUUUGCUUCCUUGCAGAUCCCCAUAGAAGCUUGGGAGCAGCACUAGCACGGGAGGAGCGAGGUCCUGCUCUGCGGUGGUGGGUUCUUCCAAGAGGGAGGCAGGUGUUGGGGUGCUAGUGCUGGUGUUUUCUUUACCACCCGUAGUGACUCUCAGUAUGUAGUGUUUGAGAUCUUUAGUUAGCUCUUCAUCUGUAUUAAAAGUUAAAAAACCCAACCCAAAACGCAAUGAAAGUAUAAAAAGAGUGAGGUCAGUCUUUGUCAGCCACAAAACUCCAACGAUCCAGAGCAAAUAAUACCUGAUCCUUUUUCACUCCUUCCAUGCCAGGGCAAUAGUCCUGGAUGCACUACUGAAAACUGCUGGCGUUCUUUGGUGGGUGGGAAGUAAGCAGAGAUCUGGUCCAAACGUGGCUCAAGACAGAGCGAGAGGUUGAGCCUGCCCACAUUGGACAGCCAGAGAGAUGGUCAGGGGACUCUGUGUGCAUGGCCACCUUCGAAGGGACUGGGCCUUGUCAUCCAACAUCAACCUGCCAGGAAGCUGGAAUUAGGCAAAUCCUCUUGAUUACUGAGCCCUAAGCACGGUCGUGACCUGCCUUAGCCCAUUUCUACAUCCCCACGUCCUCAAGGUUAUGCUGCAUUCUAGAGCUGCUCUGCGCAGAACGGUGACCUGCUCACCCUCCCGGGCAAGGAUGGCUUCAUGGAGAAGGCUUUGCCUUGUUCUGCCUGCGAGGAGAAUGAUUCCAACCCCAGUGUGGGUGAAGCCUCCCCAUGGCAGAGCCGCUGCCUGCUCCAUUGAAGCACUGACAGGACCAUGGGGAGAGCAAGGCAAGCCCGUUCCUCGCCGAGACGCUUGUGUCCUCUGUUGCAUCUCUGAAGGAGGAAAAGCAGAUUGCUGGAUGCUGAGGUAGCUGAUCUAAAUGAGAUUCUAUACUUGUAAAACAACAAAAAUCAAUAAAGAUUAAAGAAGAACA